AGAUGUGAUGGAUUUCUUUCAUUCUUAUGUUGGUUUUUGCAUUGAUCCCAGUUCGUUGUUGUCACCAUUGAACCAGAAGAGGGGUUCUAGCAAGUCACAAGACACAGUAUCGCAAAGUGGUUAUGGUACCAACUUUGGCACAGGCCUUGGUGGCGGUGGCAUUAGAGGCAUUGAAGGUACCAUCAUGUCUCACGUCUUCAAGCCACUGGUGACGCGGUUCGUCGAUUCAAGCAAGGAAAUCAAGACGCCGGAGAGUCUAACGAUAUACUGUGAAAUCAGACAAUUGAUGACAUAUGUCAAAGAAGGACAUGGAAGUAUAUUUAGAAGAGUAGCUUUAAGUGCUCUUAUUGAUUCAGCAGAUAAACCAAGCAAGAAAGAGGUCAACAUGCAGACAACACGAGUAAUCAGACACAUGCAUCAUUCUGAAAUAGAAGAACAACAGGAUGUUCCAACUGACACCCAGUCGUAUACCGAAGAUAGAGGCACACGAAAAUCGUUAUUCAAAAAAAGAAGUACAUCGUCAACUUGUCCAAGUUUACUUGAGACCGAAGCAGAGGAACUUCCAAAAACGAGCCAAAGUCCCAUUGGAAACAUUAGAAAAAAGCAUUAUAUAUUAACACCAAGACAAAGCGAAAGAGCAUUGGGCAUUGCUUUAGAACCACAAUUGUCUAUCAAAGCCAAAAAAUCUAAACUUGGAGGUCUCGUGAACUGGUUCAAAAAAGGUGAAACUUCAUCCAUCGACGAACUGGACAAUGUCGACAACGGUGACUCAUUUACCGAUACAUCCAGUUUUAUCAGACAAUCUUCCAAAUAUUACCAAUCAAAAGAAUCUGGAAGAAGCAAUGUAAGCCAGAGCAUACAAAAAGCCAAGCGACGAAUGGAAGACAAAUUCAAAUUUGUGCUGAAGAAAGGAAAGAAAAAAGACGGAAGCCAAGAAGAGUCUGCUGGAGGAUAUUACAGUAGAAAAAACUCGAUGGAAUUCGGCGAAAAUUCUAGAGAGUCUGAAUUUGUAGUCUUAAAGGAAAGGAAAUUGGUGUCUACGAGUACGGUCUAUCAGGGUGUUUGUAGGUUGUCAUUUCUGUUAGAAACGUGCCCUCCGGGAUCGGUACCCGAUGCACACUUGUUGGCUUCUGUUUUAGAUUUGCCCCACGCAACAGUAAUCGCAAGGGCAACCCUGCUGCUGGAAUGCGCAUAUUUCGUCCACUGUUGCAACAAAAACCAGUGGCCCUCUUGGAUGAAGUACAACCUGCCGGUUUAUAGACCUUCCGGACCGAUACCAGCCCGAGGAAACAGCACGACCGGCCUCAGAAGAUCACACAUUAUGCAAAGAGCAGCCGGAAAAAUGUUUUAUCAAUGGGCAGAGGUAAUUGGCCAAAGACUGGAAGAAUUUAUCAACGAAGACAAAGCUCUAGACGCACAAGUGAGUGCAAUGGUAGCUGAAGAGCAAAAACAAAAGGAGCUUUUAAUACAAGACGAAGAAGAAGAUUUUCUGGACGAAGCCAGUAUUAAUUCCUACGGAUCUUCAUGCCCCAUGGCUUUACGUCUUAUCGCAUGCGUUCUUCUGCAAGAAAUUACGGCAUUUCUUCGAGAAACCUACCAAACGUUACCGAAGUCGUCUAGAGUCAUGGAAAAAGGAAAACCAGCGCCUUGGGAAAAAUUGUACAGCAAGGAAGCUAACAGAAGAUGGAGUAUGGCUUUGUCAUCGAUGGGUCACUCUCAGACAUCUGCUCAAAGUUUGCAGUCCAUUGCUGGAGAUAGAGAUUCAGGUCAAACUGGAGAAAGAAAGAUAAGUUUUGUCUUACACGAGCCUGACAACGAGUCUGAAGGUAGUAGUCAAACAACAGUUACUAUGCAGCAACUACUCCAAGGAGAUGAUGCAAAACGGCAACAACAAGCCAGACCAUCAUAUAUUCUAAGACGAGGAACCGCAGCACCUACUGGGGGUUCUUUUAAAAGAAGAAGUUUGAAAUUGAGAAGGGGCACUAAAGAAGGGAUGGAUGUGGAAUGGAAAAUUCCAGACUCUGUAAAACGCACCGACUCCAUCCAGUCGAAACGAAAAGUAAGCUCUAUAUCAGAUAGAAGCGACACUUCUGAACCUGGAGCUCCAGGUGAAGUUAGCGGGGAAGAAUCCCCGGGAGUUCUGAGCGACGAACAGCCACCUGAAAGUCCGAGUGACAGCAACGAUACUGACGACACAUCCAAGCACAUGCCUUGGCUUAAAACUAUGAUCCAAGUGUCCAACUCUUUCUACUACUAUUGCCCCCACCAACAAUUCUGUCACCCGUUUUGCUACAGAAGAGUGAUGAGAGCUUGCAGCAGACUUAUUAAAGCCUCCAGGAAGGUUUAUGGUGAGGAAUUUGGAAUUUUAGACGAUAAACUUUGCAUGGACUUUGGUGGCAAGAAGAAAACUAAAAAAGAGAAAGGGCAAAACAGGAAAGUGUCUGAUCAAACAAGUUCAACGGUGUCUCCCAUAAGGCGAAAAGACAGUGUAGGAAAAAAGGAAAAAAUCGACAAAAACGUAGAUACUAGUCAAAUGGGUAAAAUAUUUUCUAAAGAUUCAUCUAGAGACAUCGCUGACUCUGAUACUGGAGCCGAAUCAAAAGCUAGUUCUGAUAAAAAACCUGAAGAACCUCCACCGAUUUUAAAAUACAUUAAAACUCAGGUAAAGGAUGCUUUUCACUCACCUUUGGCAGUUCUACUUAAAGGUGCGGUUAUUAUGACCGAAGAAAACUUCGUCGAUAUCAUUCCCGUCGCCUGGGAGCUACUUCUGGAACCCAAUCAAGAAGUGACAGCAUGUGCUGCUUCAAUUUUUAUACUAGGUGCCGUGAAAUCUCCUCAAACAGUGUCCGAUAUAAUGCAGCAUGGACUGUCUCAUCCAGAUUGUGCUGUAAGAAUUAAUGCUAUCUUACGAUUUCAAGUUUUGUGGAAGAUGAGAUACCAACCGUGGCCCAGGAUGGAAGAAAACGCUCAAGUUCUUUUUAAAGUCCCGCCUCCAGGAAUAGAGUUUACUUUACCGUCUCCAAAAAUCGGUAUAGAAUCAUUGGAUGUCGUUGAUUCCCCCUGGGAAUUGUUAGUGAAAACUAAGGUUGAAGAAGUUACUAUAAAUCAAGAGAGACAUCGCUCUCUAGUAACAGCUACCAAAACUAGAAAGAAGCAGCAAACUGAACUAAUCAAAAUGGCCCUGCAAGCACAAGAUGAUAAAAAGAGGGAAGAAAGGGAAAACUUCUUAAUAACUACCAUUCCUAUAACCAUCCAAGCUGCGCAUGAGCCUAGUCUCUACCACACUGGAGAAGAACACGAAGAAGCUGAUGAUGAACAAGCUGACGGCCAACCAAGAAAUACUGGUCAUCAUCUCCAUUCGGCGCACUCUUUGUUUCCGUCAUGUCUUUGUUCUGCUGUAGUUCAAAUAAUAAAUCUCCUGGACGACGCUGCAGUGUCAGCUGAUGGAAACGCUGUCUACGAAGUCGCUUACCAGGUGAUUUGGACGUGUUUAGUAGAAGAUAGUGCUCUAUUUUUAAGAUAUAUUUUAGAAAGACUAACCAGAGAAAAACAAGAACUAAUGUUCAAAAUAUUAAGACAUUUGAUCAGAUUUAUUCCAAAGCUACCACAACAAGCAGCUUUUGCUCUAUAUAAUUAUAUAAUUGGAUACGUGAUGUUCUACGUAAGAUCUCCACAUGAAGAUGGUCAGAAGUUGAUUGGGGCUGCUCUAUCACUUUUGUGGAUGGUUGUUCAUAGCGUCCAUGGAAUUAUGUUUAAAGAUCUCAAACAGAUUCUACGCAAAGAACAAUGCGAUGCGUCCAUUUUGUUAACGGCAAACGUUCCGUCUGCAAAGAAAAUUAUCGUUCACGGUCCACAAGAUCCAGAUGCAGGAGGAAUUCCAUCCCAGUUCCCUGUUCAAGAAGAUACACAAUUUUGUCAAAUAUUGAGAGAAGCUUUGGAUUUUUUUGGUAUAGAAGAAUCAAAACAUAAAGAAUUUUUCUUGGUAGACUACAAAACUCAUCAAAUUCGAAAUCCUUCAUCUUACGUCCGUGAUUAUUAUUUUUUUAAAAGAUCGCAGUACCCACAACUGGAGCUUGUCCAUAUGAAACCAGACGUUGCUUUUAACGCUCUACAAAAACAAGAAUUGUUGCACAAAUUUGUGGAAAUAGGGAAAGUUCUUUUAACAUGGGCUAUUUUAAAGAAUGUGGAUAUGGUGGUACAAAGAGUGGUUUUUCUACACGAGGAAUUGAUGAAGCUACCAUCGUUCCCUAGGAAAGCUUUGGAAUCUGAUUUGGAUUUAUAUAAAAGCGGACCACUUGGUAAAGAACUACUUGGAUUGGACGUUUUACACAAAUUUAUGUGGGUAAGAUUGAUAGCUAGAAUGUUCGAGGCAAUGGCUGGCAACUUUGCUUACUCAGGGGAUAUUCAUCUCUUCGUGAACGUGCUUAAUGGAGCUUUGGUUCUGCAUUCGGAAGACGCCUGCAUUUUGAGAUACGUCACCGCAACGUAUAUCAAUGCAGCGUUUCAUUUUAAAAACAUAUUUUCGACGAAUGGUUAUUUACUAAUCAUGCCUACUUUGCUGAAGAUCUACUCCAACCAUCAAACCAAUCAACUGGUGACGACUACAAUUGAAUACGCAGUAAAACAAUUUUAUUUGAUGAACAGGAAACCAUUCAUAUUACAAAUGUUUGGCUCAGUGUCUGCAAUGUUGGACACGGAUGAAGACGGAACGUACGGAGAUGCCCAUAAGAUUCAAUCCAGUUGUCUCUUCAAUUUACUUCUUAGUCUGGAAACGCCAUCUCCUGAUCCGCUAAAUAUCGCAGAAUUGGUUAAAGAAGAUAAACCAUUAAAAGCUAUCGAUUUUUGCUACCACGACGAGAAUGAGAUGGUUACCAUCUUGGACUGCAUUUCUAUGUGCGUGAUGGUAGUCUCAUAUUCUUCAGAAAGUGUUAGAGGAUACCAGAUGCUGAUUAUUUUGGAAGCAAUAUUACCAUGUUAUGUGCGGCAAAUUCAAUAUCCAACAUAUAACAAAGAAGGAAAAAAGGAAAAAGAUAUAAUAAAUCAACUUGCAGUUGCUAUAAAAACCUUGGUGAAUAACUGUGAAUCUUUAACGAAAAGUUACAAUGGACCUCAUAGAUCAAGUCCAGAACACAAAGGUUCCAGCCAAAGAAACUACAGUCGAGGUCCAUAUUCUCCAGGGUUUGACUUCGAAGACGACUCGCAUUCCAAGUUUAUGAGCGAGCAUUCUAGAGCGAAGAGUAUGUACGAACACGACGUGGAAGAUUCCGAGGUAUUACGAGCUGAGUACAGAAGACCACGGGAUGUAUUGUUGUCCUUAGUGGGCGAAUUUGUGUGCAAAGCAUCGAUAAGACUGCAAGAAUUGAAUAAAAAGAAUAAUAAUGAUGGAAAAGUUGUGGAAUUGUUGGAUAUUAGGUCUCAUGUGCGAUUAGCUGAUAUCGCUCACACUUUGUUGAAAGUGUCCCCAUACGAUCCUGAAUCUAUGGGGUGCAGAGGUUUGCAGCACUAUAUGACGUACAUUUUACCAUCCACUGAUUGGUCUAAUGAUGCUAUGCGUCCAGCUUUAGUCACUAUUCUCAGAAGACUAGAUAAAGUAUUCCAAAAAAUAUCUAAAAAGACUUCUAUAAGGAGAAAUACUGACUGGGAUGCAGCAGCGGGAUUACUUAAGGGCAUUUACGACACAAUGGUUAAAUAUCCAUAUAUAAUCCACUGGUCUCAGAUUAAAGCACUUAUCAGUACAUGUCAGAGUUUAGUAGUAAGUGGUGACAAUUGUCAAUCUGAAGGUAUGACCUCAGCUACAGCCGCGUUAUUGAGACAAGCUCCUCCACCACACUUUUGCUCAAUGGUCGUGCGUCUCAUUGCUCUACAAAUUCAAAAUAUGCAAGCAUUUUAUCGUGUUAAAGACUCUAUAUUGAUCGAAGUUCUGAAAGACAUUGGCUUGGACGGCAGAGAUGAUCGAAUAAUUGCAAAUUUAUAUUGGAAUCAAACAAUGUCAGUUUUAGUAGAUGGUUCACAGGCUCUCAAUAUUAAGAGAGGAGUAUGGCAGGGAUGUCUUUUGUCACCCUGCUUUUUAACGUUUACUCCGAAAAAAUUUUCAGCAAAGCACUUUCUGAAAAACAAGAAGGAAUACUUGUGA